AUGAUCAAGGCAUUUGUAGAAUUCUAUGGCCAAUGCAGCAACAAUGUGGCGGAAGCAAAUGCAAUCUGGAAAGGAGUUAACAUCUGCAAAGAUUUUGGACUGCCCAGAGUUGUGGUGGAAUCUGACUCUCUACUAAUUAUUAAUAUACUCAAUGGGAGAUUAAAACCUCCAUGGCAAAUCAGAGAGAUCAUGAGUAAGAUUAUGAGAGACACUAGCCAUGGUGAAUUUGUCUUUAUUCAUAUUUAUAGAGAAGGGAAUUCAACUGCGGACAUGCUUGCCAAUUGGGGAGAAGAUUCAAAGAUCUCUUCUAUGUUCACUGAAGCUACUUCCCUACCUUCCAAGGUUAGAGCUUCAAUGCAGCUAGAACUUGAUGGGUUCCCAAAUUUCAGAUUCAGAAGCAAAAGAAACCAAUUCACUACUGAUGAUAGUUGA